UCACGUGUUUAAAGAAUGAAGUGAAAACUAAUGAGAAGGAUUAUUGUAACUGAUUAAUAACUGAAGACGAUGAUGAUGAUGAUGAUGAUGGAUAUGAGGAAGAUUGAGCCCAUUUUGGAAGUUCAAAAACAUGAGGAGGAAAGAAUUAUGCCGUCGUCAUGGAACGAGUAUAUAUCGCUGGUACUGACGGACAGUGGCUUCGUUACAAACAGCGCAAUCUUCGGCACAGACGGGCGGAAGUGGGCCUCGACUCCCGGGUAUGGCCUUACCAGUGACGAAAUAAAAACUCUUGUGUUUGGUUUUAUCGAUCCAUCAAAACUAUGGAAGGACGGUGUUCGGGUCGGAGGACGGACAUUCACGUGUACACGUGCGGAGAGUGGUUUGAUCGUGGGCCGAGAAAGCACCGAGGGGACGGGAUGCGUCGUUUUCCGGUGUAAUAAAUGUAUAGUGAUAGCUACGCACGAGGAAGGUGCACACCCAGGCGGGUGUUAUAAUGUGGUGACUAAAUUAGGAGAAUAUUUAAAGGAGCAAGGUAUAUAGCGUGUAUAAUUCAAUUAUAUGUAAUGUUAUAUAUAUAAAGUAUAUUGUUUCGUGAACAACGCAUAACGAUAGAGAUUUUUUCUAAAAACAGAGUACAACAAAUAUUGCAAAGAUCGGCUAAAAACAAUUUCAUUUACAGUACAUGAAAAUGAGCUUCUACAUUAACGUUUUAAGGUGUAUUUACUUAUGGUAACUCAUUCUCGUUGGCACAUUAUGGCGCGAGAGCGUGGUCUUGUGUUGCAAGGGGAAAUUAUCAAAGUUGAAGAAAAAUAGUCAGUAACUGAUGCGACUGAACACCUCAAAAUGUUGCA